AUGUCUCAGAAUGUAACAAACGUUCUUGAAAAAGGAUACGAUUUAACUCUCAACUUCGUGGACCAUUACUAUAAUAUGGACGAGACUCUACGUUUUCAAAAAGGACAUUUACCAUGGAUUUUCCUCGAGGAAUGCUCUUUUGGGGGGAAAAUCUGUUCACCCGCACAACUAAGUUAUUUUCUGAAUUUGCGGUAUGGAAACUGCAUUACAUUUAAUAAAAGAAAUCCACAUGCUUCAAGUUCUUUGCGAACAUCAGAGACUGGUAUUGGAAGUGGCUUAAUUCUAAAAUUAAACUUGGAGAGUGUUUUCUACCAACCGAUAACUCACACAGUUGGAGCUAAAAUUGUUGUUCAUGAACCAAGCGAAUAUCCCAAUCCUGAAGGAGAUGGGUACAUUAUCAGUCCUGGAUAUGAAACUUUGAUAUCUUUAAAACAAUCAGUUUUCCAUCGAUUACCAGCUCCUUACCAAGAUAAAUGUAGAGACUACAAAUCUGAGAAAAGGACAUUUAUGAUGAGUAAAAAUCAAUGCAUUCGAUCCUGUAUCCAGCAAGAAAAUGUUGCAAAAUGCGGUUGCAUUGAUCAAACCUUAGCAGUAAUGGAUGAUCUUAUCCCUUGCGACAUUACCAAUGAAAAACAAUCAUGUUGCUUGGAUGAAGUUUUAGAUGAAAUGUCUCGAUUUGGACCUACAUGCAAUUGUCCGUUACCUUGCAGUUCUGUUUAUUACAAUGAAAACUUAUCGAGAUCAAUUUUGCCUUUUGAUAAUAUGACAGAAAUAUCUGAUUCGAGUCGAAGUGAACCGGAUAUCUUGGAUGACAGUGAAUCGAUUGAAUAUGAUCCGAUUGAUUUUGAGACAUACGAUUCAGUUGAAGAAGACAUAGAUGACAAGAAUGCUAAUGAAAUAAACGACUCAAAAGAAAGUUAUAACGUUACAUGCGUAUAUAAUAAACAACACAUCAGAAUAAAUGUAUUUUAUUCGGUGUUAGAAAAACAGGUAUACAAGCAACGACCAAGAUGGAGAGUAUCUGAACUUUUAAGUUAUUUGGGAAAUGAACUUGGAAUUUGGCUAGGUUUAUCAUUGGUGGUAAUUAUGGAAUUUUUAGAAAAAAUUUCAAUUUUUCUAAAGAACAUUCUUUUUGCCAUACAUGCAAAGUUUGAUGCUGAACAAAUUUAA